UAGACAGGCUGUUAAUCCAAUAUCAGACAGAUAAUAGAUGAUUUUGUUCCUUUAUUUGAGAUUUCGAUGCCAUUCAACGACACCACCGUCGCCAGCGUUCUUCCGUAAUCCCGGAACGAAGGCGUGCUACCCCUCCUUCUUUGAACCAUGGUCUAGCAUUUCGUUCAACUCGCUAUUAUAGCCAAAUCUCGAUUGCUGCCAAUAUUUGGUUCCCCUUCUUCUCUGUAUCUGAUCCUUUGGGUGAACUAGUUUUACUCUUGUCAAACGUUGAAAAAUAGAAGAGCUACGAAUAGGCCCUCUUUUAGUAGUUUUCCCGUACUGUUAACGGAGACCCCACGAAAUGUGUCUAAGAGCUGCAAAAGAGGAACAACAAUUGCAGAGAGACGUAUUUGUGGUGUGUGUGCUGGUUGAAUGAGGUUGAGAUUGCGCGCGCGCGUUGAUUGGGAUGGUUCUAGAUUCGUUGGGACGAUGUGUGGAGUGUUUUUUGGGCUGGGAUUUAAAGGGGAGACAAAAACAGAGAGAUAAAGUGGGAAGAGAGAGACCAAGAGAGGAGAAAGACCGAGAGAAUGGGUACAGUAACAGAAAUUGGGAAAGAAAGGCAAACGUAGAGAUUGAGAUAAAGAAAAGGGAGAGAGUACAGAUAUGAAGAGAGGGCUGCGGGGGAAUAGAGAGAAAUUGGGCGAGAGGGUUGCAGUGGUACUGAGAAGACCAGAAGGCAACAGGGAAGGAGGAGAAGAAGGAACGAUGAAAAGGAAGGAUAGGAACACAGAAAUGAGUUGAAAUGCAUAGAGAGAAACAGAGAUUCACAAAGAGAACAAGAAAAAAAAAUUCAGGAGGAGCACACGUUUCAUUGCUGGGCUUCAGAUUGUUUUGUUACAAUGAAAAUAGUUGAUGAAUCAUGUUCAAACCCUGGAAUGUCUCUUACCAUGUUUGCUGCAAAAAUGGAACAGCUCCCACUUGUUGAGUCAUCUGGAGAUAUCAUUCAUCUAUGUCGGAUUGUGGUACAUCUUUGUGCAGAUAAAAUUUCAUAAUGGGCAGGUACAUGGGGUUUUUCACAAAAAGUUCUCGUCAUUUGCUCUGUUCAAGGGAAAACAUGGUGCAAGCUUUAUCCCUUACCAAGUAUGGCCAAGUUUCAAACCCAGAGACCAAGACAAGAAGUUUAUAGUGGCUCUGAGACAGUUGUUGGUUGAUUAUGAGCUUGCUGGAGGGUCAAAUAAAUCUCUGUCGUUGAAAGAGCUCAGAGUAGGACGAGACCUGAGUUUAUUAUGCAAGGUUCUUCAAAUCUGUGAAGUUGAAAAUAAGCCGUUGUUGCUUAUUUGGGAUGGAACUGACACCCCACCGGCUACAAUUCAGUCAAAGCUAGAAGAUGAAAUGGAAAACCCACUUCCUUUGCAGGUAGAACCAUUUCCCUUACCAAGAGAUAUUUUAUUAUCCCUUCCAGAUGCUGGAACUGUUUUGAGACUGAUUGUUGAUGAAGACCAUGAGGUGCUUGGCCUGCACUUAUUGAAGACUGGUAGGUGGGUGAAAUUUGUUGACCUGAAUUGUGAACUUCAUGCCGGACUCUGGCAUGUCAAGCUGAUGCCCUAUACUAAACUCCGAUUUGUGCCGAAUGAGGACCCACUCAUAUUAGAAUCUGAAAGGUACUGCGAAAAGCGGUUGUCAUCAAAGUUUGGACGGAUGCCUUUGUCUAGCACUCCUCUAUCUCAUACUACAGUGACUAAUCUUGAGGAUGUGCCUUUUGUCACGUUAACGAACAUUCUUGCCCAUCCACAGGCAACAGCUAAAUUCAGGUGUGUAGUCCGGGUAAUUGCUGCAAUUCCAUGGCGAAUUGAGGAUUUCCGCUCGCCCCAUGGCACAUAUCGGAUUAGGCUGACACUAGAGGAUUCAACUGCCAGACUUCAUGCAUUUGUAUAUUCUAAAGAUGGGGAGACACUUUUUGGUGACUACCCUGCUGCUGUGGACUUGAUGACAAAGAUGCGGAAUUUGUUAUUGGGAAUUACUGAAAGUAAUAACGACACAGAAACCAGAAAUCCUCCAUGGAUUCAGUGCUGCAUAAAAUCAUAUUACCGUGACAAAAAUGAUGCUCUGGGAAGUCGAUGUUAUCGAAUAUGUGAUACUAAGGUACGGUGCUAAAGAAGUGAAACACCUAUAUAUUUCAUUAGGUGCUUUUUGUUGUAUUUUGCAAAUACAUUUCAAUGUAAAUUCUCUUACGUUUCGCUGCACUAGGCAAUGUUUUUGUAUCGAGAUUGCUUCAAGGCUACUUGUGGCCAAGUUAUUUUGUUAAACUCAACAAGCGAGGCAAUCAAUACUUGUAGUUAUUUUACUUUCUGA